GCACUGUUUGCAGUUUUCUCUACCCAUUUGAUUGGACGAUGAAAGUCAGCUGAUCGUAUUCACCAUGGGCAACAUCUUCUGUCAUGUGAUCAAGUGACGUCACGACCCAGGAAGUAGAAGACAACAUGGCCAGAAAUGAGGAGAAGCAGCAGGGCAAGCUGAACAGACUGUGGCUCCAGAGAGAGAGAGAAGGUUCUUUUAUCUUUAUCCUCAUUUCUAGACACUGGUCUUUCUAUCACCUAUAUUCCAAUGUCAAUGUGUUUUUUUAAUGAAGAAACUUAAUUAGAUUUUAUUUUUACUCCUUUAACAGAGGGAAGAAUCAGGGAUAUAAACCAUAGCAGACCCAGACUGGUGAGUUACAAUGUAUGGGAAAUCCAGGAACAUAGCUUGUAGGAUGCUUUUCUUGGCAUUUAAAAAUGUGAUCCAUACAAACUCACAUUGCAGCACUUGGCGUGUUAAUGAAGCAAAUUAAAACUGAAUGGAGAAAUUAAGGUUAAAAUAACUAAAUUGGAGUAACUCUCCCAUUUGGCUAUAGCUGCAGUUUGGUUAUUUUCUUCUAAGUUUGCAAUUUGGAAUUAAUUUGGUAAAAUUCUGGGCUUUGUCAAUUACCCUGCUGGCAUUACAUUUUAAAGAGAUACUUCAGUCCAGGAAUCCACUAUCAUCCCUUUUUAACCCCUUAAGGACAGAGCUUCAAAAGCUUGUCUUUCACUUAAUGACAACGGCAUUUUUUUCAUUUUUUGCUAUUUGCGUUCAACUGCAAUUUGCAUUUUACUUAUUUGUUGCACCAACACAUAUUAUACAUCGUUUUUUAAAGGACAGAAAGGGCUUUAAUUUGAUGUAACACACAUAUAUAUAUAUAAAUGCUUAUUUAUUAUAAAAAAAUACAGAAAAAUGUAAAAAAAAUGAAAAUUUUGUGUUUUUUUUACAGUUUUUGCAAUAAUAAUGUGUGCAUAAUUAGUGCAGGUUAAGAAAAGUAAUUAAAAAUAAAUUAAUUUAGUUGUUCUGAUUUACAGAAUAUACAAUGUGUCUGGGAUUUAAAGUUUUUUUUGGUAGUUACAGGUCACAAAGCACAAGGAGUAAAAUAGACUUUUAAUGUGGAGCGAUUUUAGAAUUUGGUAUGUUUGUCUUGUAAGCUUAAUAGCCAUAAAAGAAAACAAAAUUGCCACACAAAAGUAUAUAUUUAUAUAAAGUAGACAUCACGGGCUAUUUACCUAAGGUUGUUUUGACACUUUCUACGUAGCCAUUUCACCGCCAACCUCUGCUAAAUAUUGGAGUAAAAUUGUGUUCUUUUUGGUUUUUGGCACACAAACUUAUAACAAAGAAAUUCUCGUGUAUAUUUUGUAAAGUUGGUGUGUGCUAUUCCUGUACAAAGUUUUAUUUUGUGUUCAGUUACAUCUGCUGAGUAAAAUGACACCCCCAUUGUAUGUCUUUGGCACUAUUUUGUGAAGUUACAGUGCCACACAGGAUACCUGUCCUUUUCAGUAUUCACAGUAGAAUUUUGAGAGAUGGAUUUAAUGAGCCUUAGCUUCCAUUUGGGGUAUUAUAACAGUUUGACUGUUCAAAAAAACCCCACAAAGGCCUACCAUUUGUAAAAGUAGACACUCCAGGGUAUCUCAUAAGGUGCAUAUUGUGCCUUAACAUACCCCCAUUUUUUCACCAAUAUAUGCCAAAGUAUGUGGUAAAAAAAUUAUUUUGUGCAUUUUUUACAUACGGAUUGCAUUUUUGCUGGGCGUUUUGUAUAUUUCAUAUGUGCCACUAAGUUCAAACCUCCCAAAUUAUGCUCAGCUAAGUCUUUUGAGUAAAAAUACACCCCCAAUGAAUGUCUUUGUCACUAUUUUGUGAAGCUACAGUGCCAUAUAGGAGACCAAGCCAUAUCCGUUUUUACCAAACUUUGAAUUUUGACGCUGGGCCUAUGUGCAAUUUCCAAGCAUCUUCGCAGGUUUUAAAUUCAAACUACCUCACAAAGGCCUACCAUUUCUUAAAGUAGACACCCCAGGGUGUUUCAAAAGGUAUAUUUUGAACCUUAGCGUGGGAUCAUUUUUCCACUAGCUUGUACCAGAUGUAGUGGUAAUAAGCGUUUUUUCUGCCUUUUUGACAUACAAAGUGAGUUUGCACAGUAUAUUUUGCAAACCUUAUGUGUGCUACGACUGUAUAAUACUUCAUAUGUUGCUCAGCUAUGUCGGCUGAGUACAGCAAUACCCCCGUAUGUACCUUUGCCAGGUAUGUGUGGACAUCGGAGGGGCACAUUUGGGACACAGCCAUUCCAGUUUUUUUCAAACUUUGAAUUUUUACGCUGUGCCUAUGUCCCAUUUUAGAGUAUUUUACCAGGCUAUAUAAUCCAAAUACCCCAUAAAGCCAUACCAUUUCUUAAAGAAGACAUCCCAGGGUAUUUCAAAAUUCAUAUUUUGAACCUUAGCGUGGGAUCAUUUUUCCGCUAGCUUGUACCAAGUGUAGUGGUAAUAAGCAUUUUUUCUGCCUUUUUGACAUACAAAGUGAGUUUGUGCAACAUAUUUUGCAAACCUUAUGUGUGCUAUGACUGUAUAAUACUUCAUAUGUUGCUCAGCUAUGUCGGCUGAGUACAGCAAUACCCCUGUAUGUACCUUUGCCAGGUAUAUGUGGAUGUUGAAGGGGCGCAUUUGAAACGCAGCCAUUCAGUUUUUUUCUAACUUUGAAGUUUUACGCUGUGUCCAUGUUCCAAUUUGGAGUAGUUUAGACGGUUGGUUAUUGAAACUUCCCCACAAACACAUACUAUUUAUUAAAGAAUACACCCUGGGGUAAUUCAAAAGGCAUAUUUUGAACCUUGGCGUGGGAUAAUUUUUUCUCUAGUUUGUUCCAGGUGUAGUGGUAAUGAGCGUUUUUAAAAUGUAUUUUUUAACUUUUUAUAACUUUUUUACUUUUAAAAACUAGUUUUUAAACUUUUGUUUUGCGUAUUAAUUUUUUUUAAACUUUCCUAAACUUUCUUAAAACUUUUUUACAGAUUUAACAUUUUUCUAAGCUUUUUUUUUACCGUUAACCCCUAACUAGCAGUACGCAGCACUAACAGUAAAUUCCCCAUUUUCCCAUAACUCCCACCCACCCCAGCUAGCAAAAUACAUAGUUAUAAAAUAUUUUAAUUAAUUAAUUAAAUAAAUUGAACCCCUGAGGUUUAAAAAAUAAAUAAAAAGUUAAUCCUCAGGGGUUAAAAAAAAUUAGAUCACAGUAUAAUACUGUGAUCUCUAUUUGAUCGCUGUAGGCAGUGAUCGACUGGCAGGGAAGGGGUUAAUUUUUAUUUGGACUAGGUAAAGGUUUUUUUUUUUUUUUUUACUUAAACGUUAUUAAAACAUUUUUUAAGCUUAAUUUUUUACUUUUUAAAGGUUAUUUUAAAACUUUUUUUAACGUUAACCCCUAGUUAGCCUAACGCCAAAUCCCCCAAUUCCCCACUAACUUCCACCCACCCCAGCUAGCUAAAUAUAUAAUUUUAAAAUAUUUUAAUUAAUUAAAUAAAUUUAAGCCCUGAGGGUUAAAAAAAAUGAAUUAACCCUCAGGGGUUAAAAAAAAAAAUCAGAUCAUAGUAAAAUGUAAUCCCUGCCAAUUGAUCACUGUAGUCAGUGAUCAAUUGGCAGCGAAGUGGUUAAUUUUUUAUUAAAAUGGGUAAGGGGGGGGGGACUUUAAAUAAACUUUAUUUUUUUUUCCAGCAGGGGGCAGGAUCAGCACUGAUCCGGCUCCCUGCACUUCACACAGAACCCGGAAGUGCAGGGAGCCGGUAGGUGAGUAUACAGAGCACAUGUGCUCGCUCUGACUUGCGGUCAGAGCGAGCACAUGUGCUGGGCAGCCUGACCGGGUGCUCCCGGUAUGCCUCUAAUGCAGAGGCAUACCGGAGCACCAUUAACCCCGCGAUCGCCGCAAUAGCGGCGAUCCAGGGUUAAUUUUACCGCGUGACGGACGAGGUCCAUCACUCGUCGUUAAGGGUUUCCCCUGAGUGACGGACCUCGUCCGUCACUCGUCCUUAAGGGGUUAAUGCAUUAUUCAGUGAUUGUUUACAAUUUGCAAAACCAACCUAAAUAAUAAGUUCUACAAAUAGGGGGAGGGGUUAUAUUUAACCCCUUAAGGACCAAACUUCUGGAAUAAAAGGGAAUCAUGACAUGUCACACAUGUCAUGUGUCCUUAAGGGGUUAAGGCAAUUUAAUUAUCGUUUAAAAAUUUCAAUAUUUAGGCAAUUGUCUCCUUUUUACUAUAUGAUAUAUGACUGACUAAGCUUUUAACGUGGAUAUUAUUUAUUUAUUUAUUUUUUAAAGCAGGGGUGCCCAAAAGCUAGAGCUCACAUGAUGCUUUGCAUGCCUUUAGAAUUAUUUAUUUAUUUAUUUAUAAAAUAUUUUACCAGGAAAGAUACAUUGAGAUUUCUCUCGUUUUCAAGUAUGUCCUGGGUCCACAAAUCAUUGCAUUGUUACAUUAGGUACAACAAAAUACAAAAACAAUAUUAAUACACAAUAUAUACAAAAUUUAACAUAGAACAGGCAGGAAAUAUAUAAUCAACCAUGACACGUGCAUUCUGUUUUGAGGUAUGUAGAGAGGGAUCUCUCAUGGGAAUUGGAAUUGUACAACAUCUGGGGCUCCAACUUUUUUUUUUUUUUAGGCACCCCUCUUUCUAAGCAUAUAUAUUAGCAGAUCUUGAGUUCAGUAAUGUAUUUGUUUAGAAGAAAUUUACAAUGCUGCAAUUUUGGGUUUCAAAUCACUGUAGCUCAUUGCUUCAUGAAUCAAUCCCAAAGUUUUAUUAUUUUGGUAUACAGCCUCCCCACACAUUACAUGUCAUGCAAUUCAUUCAUACUUGACAUUAAAAUAAAAUUGUACUCUGUAUUAAAAAAAUAAUUAAUAAAAUUUAUUUAUAUAUAUAUAUAUAUACACAAUUCAGUUUUAACUGUUUGCAUUUAUUUUGCAGUCUGCCUUGAAUACAGCUUCUAAUGUUAAGAAAUGGAUACCAAGCAUUAAAAGUGAGAUAAACUACUAUUUGGAGGUAAGUCCAUAUGAGUCAGGUAAUCCUUUCAAAGACAAGUAUCAGAAUUAUGAUUUCAUUCAUAUAUGCUAUAUGUGACCGCAAACUCCACUGGUAAAGUUGGGCGAAAAUGGAAUGUAAAAUGUUCUAUUCUGGUUUUAUAUCAAAAGGCAGAAUGAGAGCAUUAAUAGGUAAAAUUGUAAUUUUGAGUACAUGGUAUUUUAAAUGAUUGUAUACACAUUUAUCAACCAAUUCUCAAAUAGGUUCUCAUGCAAACCAUGUGUUUACACUGUAAACUAUAGUCUAAAUCAAUCUUCCCCAAACUACGGCCCUCCAGAUGUUGCUGAACUACAACUCCCCUGAUUCUAUGAAUGCAAUAGGCUGAGAAUCAUGGGAGUUGUGGUUCAGCAACAUCUGGAGGGCCGGAGUUUGGGGAAGCCUGGUCUAAAUCCACUUGUUUCCCACAAACCAUCAGAUAGAUUUGAUGUAAAAAAUAAGUAGAAUUGUAUUUAUUUUUUCGGUUUGUUAUAAUUUUUAGGCUGAGACCAGUAUGUAUAGAUAGAUUGAUAGAAAGUUUGUGUGAGUAGGACCCCAUCAAUGUCUUGAUUUGUGAAUGCAUAAUGUAGUGCUUGAAAUAGUAAAAUAAUUACUGUUUUAUACUCUCAAUAUAUCAGUUUCCACUAGGUAGAAUUAAACCUGUAAUAUUUUGUAUGGAUUCUGGCCUGUAUUCAUUGAUUUGAAUGUGCCAGCAGAUAUGCAUAAAUUACCAUGGUGGUGCUCAGACAAGAUGUCAGAGCAUUGUGUUUAUCCAGUUACUCACUAGAAGGUUCCUCUGGCCCUGUCCUACACUAAGGAGUUAAACUUUCACACAGUUUGACAUUUACCUGGGUCCUCGACUCCUCGCGCUCACACUUCUGGUCUUCUGUGAUUUGAGUGAAACUCAGCCAACGAAUUCAAGUAGUGACAAAACUGAUUUUGCUAAACCUGAAUGGCAACCUCUGCUUUAUGAAUAUAUGUGAAGAGGGGCCUUCUAUAUCACAUAUGGUGGGGGCAGAUAACUGCUGAAAAUAAUUUACUCUAUACCAUGGGAGUACCCCUUUUUAAACCCAGCCACUCUGUUUGGUUAUACUCCUUUUCUAUCUUUUUUUUUUUAUUUUAUUUUUUUUUAUUUUUUCAUGCUUUACUGGAUUCACUCAACGUUUGCAGUAUGAUUAUGCAGGCUACCUGCCACACAUUUACUACUUUUUCUGUUCACCUGUUUGUGUGUCCUUUUAGCUUUGACUUUUUCACAUAUAGUACCAAUAUAGAGAGUGUUGUUUGCCUUGUAUUUUUUUUUUUUGAUUGGGACUUUUAAAAUUACCUAUUAAAUAUUUGGUUUUAUAUACAUUUUCCGAUUUUGUGAUCAUCUAUAAGUUAAGGUUACCCUCUCCAUCUUCUUAUCUAUUCCCACAGGGGUUAUCUCCCAUCAGGAGAGGUGUAACACUCUGGCUCCAUUCCCCUUCGUUCCAUUUUUUCUCAGUCUGUUAGAUUAUCUUGACCAAACUAGAUUCACCAGUCUUUAAUGUUUACUAUAUGAUGUCAAUGGCAGAACUGUUAUUCAGUUACCAGAGUUUAAUGUAUCACUUGUAUCAAAAUCUUACACACAGACAUUUCUUGCAAAUGCAAAAACUAAACAUCCAACAAUGUCAUGUAUUUUUUUUUUUUUGUAGCAAUCACAGUUGUCGCACUACUCAGAGCGGAAGAUCCAAGAAUUCCAAGACAAGAUCGAGACUUUGAGGAAGGAGUAUCAGAGUUUUCUCUGGAAGCUCCGUAAGUUGGAUCCUUCAUGCAAGGAGCACCCCUGGAAGCUGCGAGGCUACUCAAGAAAAAGAGCUGCUGAUGGAAAGCUGCCAUCUUGGCUAGAAUCUGGUACUGUAACGAAGUCUCUACAGUACAACUAUUCCCUUACAAAUCUGCAGUGAUAAAAUGAAUGUUCUCAGAACCUUGUGUUUCAGCAGCUGAUUUAUUGAAAUUCAUUUAGACUCCACAGCACACUCAGUUGCUGCAUAUUUCAGUUUUUUCCCAUUAAUUUGAACAUCAUUUAACCAAGAAAAAGCCCAUUACUAAAGGAAAAUAAAUAGCAUUCUCUAAAUUCUAGUGGAGGGUGCCGAAACCCUGUUACUAACAACUACAGAUGCGCACGGAAAAUAAAGGUGCAGCACUCCUGUGGUGUGUAAAUGUCCUUUAUUUGUGUCUUUAGAAUUUAGUCACUCAAGAUGGGCUUACUUCUUGUUAUAGACGGUCUUCCGCCAAUGAAAAUGUUAAUCUGUCAAUGACCAGAAAAAUCAAUUUGAGUGAUGCUUCAAAUUAAUUAUACAAAAUAUAAACUUCCUAGAAUACAUAAACAAUUUAAUUUUAAACCUGUUUAGAUGUACUUUUAUAUAUAAACUGAAAUGUAUAACUUUGACUGUUUUACUUUAUUGAACAGAUGUCACUAUUAUAUGAUUGUUAUAAAAAUACACAAAUGUGUAGUUGAUAUGAGUGUGCAUUCUUGGCAUUCUAAAAAUGUAAGCAAUAAUGCACUUUGAGCACGUAUAUAUAUAUAUAUAUUUUUUUUUUCUAUUUUCAAGGAGAACAUACGGGGGCGAAAUUGGUUUGCGCACCAAUUCUUAAUCAGAGCACGAAUAAGGCCCAGAGUGAUUCAGAAGAGACAUCCUCUGAUGGAGAGAAGAAAUCAUUAACUGUAGAGAGUGCAACACUAGUUUUGGCAGACCAGGAUAAACCUCUUGUGUUUAAUAGUGAGAAAUCUCACCCAAAACAUAUCUGGCUUAGGUCAUCUUACAAUGAAGGUGGAAGUGAAACAAAGCCCAUGAGAGACAUUCUUCUGUCCAAAAAUCCUGCACCCAGAGGAGACCUUUCGGCACCUAGUCUGGAGGGCAAGCAAGGUGACCUUCCUGGUAGUGGAAUGAAAGGAAUUCUGGGUUUAGAAUGUUACAUCUCUUCUGAAGAGGAAAACUGAAAGAUUAUUUAUAUUGUACUAGUAUACAAGUUAUCUGGAGAAAUGGUUUUAUGACUUGCUCAAAAUUCUGAUCUGCCUGAUCAUUUUUAUUUAAUAUUGUCAAGCCUAUUUGUGGUUCCUGUGGAGAUGCCUUUGACAUUGAACUCUUUAAGACUGUAAACCAGGACUAAAAUGGACAACCACAUUCUUAUGAGCAUAUAUUAAAUUUUUCUAUAUAUAUGUUUUUCCUUAUAUGAAUUGCCAGCCUGGCUACGGCCUAAUAAUACCUUUGGGUUUACGCAUACUUAAAUCCCAAGCUUUGGUUUGAAAGCCCCCUCAAUAAAGGACACAUUUGCUUACUGCAGGGGUUUGGCUCCCAAACCUUUUCUUGCCUGAACCACACUUUGGUGUUACAUUAGAGACAUUGGGUCUAAUCAGCAGUGACACAGUUAUAAGAAUUUUAAUUUUAUGUGUGCAUAUUUACUGAAAGACAGUUAUAAAAUAGUAACCUACUAAAUGUUAAAAAUGUCUAAACAGAUAUGGUAGAGUGCGACUAUUAUACAAGUGACAAAGUAUUUAAAAAAAAUAAUAAUUCCAUGUGUGUGUACUAGAUGGCAUCACACAGCCCAAGGCAAUUGAGAGGCUUGCACUGUUUCUCAAACAGACAUGGUGCCUGCAUCCACAUACACUACUUCCAAGAUUCUCCUUUAGGAUAAUUCAGUUAACUCUUCAGAGCUAAGCAGAACUGCUGAUCGACUUAGAACAUCAGCUGAGCAGCCAUUUAAUGUGGUCCUGGGUCAGCCAUACUUAACUUUAACCCCUUAAGGACCAAACUUCUGGAAUAAAAGGGAAUCAUGAUAUGUCACACAUGUCAUGUGUCCUUAAGGAGUUAAGGAAACCUCAGGCUUCAACUGCAGGGGAAGGUAGUAUGCAGCAGGCUUCCGAAGGACCUAGAUAAGCGGUCAACCACUUCUGCAAUAGUUUUGACAAACUACCAAAGGAUGGUGCCAAUGCAUUCCUGGUACUAUAACCAAUACAGUGUAGUGGUUAUAGUGCUUGGAGUAUUUCCCUAGAGCGUAAUUUCAAUAUUCCAAAGUAAGCACUACUAAAGAGUUUCCUGUGGUAAAACGAGCAGCCGCGCACUUGCCUUGCCCAGAUGUCCUUCGCUGGUGAGAAAUGCUAAAUUUAAGAAACAUUGUGAAACAGCACUGCUUCUUUAUGGCCUAAAAUUUACAAUUAUUUCUUCUUUUCACUGUUUAGUGAAUAAACCCUUGAGUGGUGAGACAUUGAAUAGCAGGGACCCAAAUCACAGUAAAGGAGUACACAUGUUGGGUGGCCUGAGACCGAUUUCAGUUAAGCUCAUGGGCCUAAGCCAUACUGUGGGCAAUGCAGGAUUUAAAAUCAUGAUCUGCCUUUUUAAUAACUGACAGAAUAUGUAGUUCAUGACAUAGUAUGUGGAUACAGAACAGUUAAGUAUGUUGUAAAACCAUGCCAAUGAUUCACUAGACCUCACAAACCAUCUUAUAGCUAUCUCUAGAACCUUGAGAUGGCUUUUAUACAGAUUACAGGAGUGGUUUUAUUUUGUGAAGUUCUGUUCCACAGUACUGUGAAAACCAGAGGCUGUUCUUUGUCAUUCCAGAUGUGGAAUAAAACACAUUCAAAAUGUGAUAGUAAUCAGUAAACAAUGAAAUCCAAAACAUCAGAUGUUAUUUUUCGAUUCAC